AUGGGCACCACGGAGCACCAUGGCGCCGGCGAUGCCAUCGCCGAGCCGCUGCUCCCCUCGUCCACCGUGGAGGUGGAGCCAGCCCCGCCACGCCGGAACAUGUUCGCCUUCGUCUGCGCCACGCUCGCCUACAUGACCACCAUCCUCAUGGGCUACAAUCUCGCGCUGAUGAGCGGCGCGGAGCUGUUCAUGCGGGACCACCUGGGGCUGACCGAUGAGCAGGUGGAGGUGCUGUCCGGGUCCAUGAACAUGUUCAUGCUGGCCUCCAUCCUGGCCGCCGGUUGGGCCGCGGACUCCAUCGGCCGUCGUGGCACCGUCGUUCUCGCCAACGCCUUCCUCAUGGCGGGCGCGCUCGCCAUGUCGCUCGGCAGCAGCUUCGCCUCGCUGAUGGCCGCGCGCUUCGUCACCAGCGUUGGUGUCAGGUUCGUAGUCGUCGUUGCGCCGGUCUACGCGGCGGAGAUCGCCCCGGCGUCCUCGCGCAGGCUCCUCUCCUCCCUCGUUGACUUCUUCAUCACCGCCGGGAUCCUGCUCGCCGGCCUGCCGCUGCGCCUCGGCUGGCGCGCCAUGUUCGCGCUGGGUGUCCCGCCACCGCUGCUCCUUGCGGCGGGGGUGCUCGCCAUGCCGGAGUCGCCCCGGUGGCUCGCCAUGCGCGGGCGCGACGACGACGCACGCGCCGUGCUGGAGCGCACCUCCGAUGAUCCGGCCGAGGCCCACGACCGGCUCGAAGAGAUCAGGCAUGCCGUCGGGGUGUGGAGGGAGCUGUUCGUGCGGCCGUUGCCGAUAGUGCGGUGGAUCCUCGCCAACGUCCUCGUGCUCUACUCCAUCUAG